AAUGGAGAAACGUCAACGGCUACGAUUUAUAUGUGGAACAUGCCUUAUCGUGCCCAACUUAUGGUGACUUUGGUUAACCAAAUGGCCCAGCCUCAGACACUUCCCGUUCGACUCAUUGAGCGCUCUCUUCACAGCAAUCAGUUUGUUUUUUCCGAGGCACUGAGAAAAAAUGGUUUGAUCUCAGAGGGUGAUUUUAAAGUACAAGAGGAAUUCUACGAUUGGAGCUGUGGAUUACCAUUUAUGAAAUUGGAUCGCAUAGUAUAUCUUCGAACCACACCAGAUGUUUGCGCAGAGCGCAUUCGUAAACGCGACCGAAAGGGUGAAGGGUGGAUUGAAAUGGACUAUCUCCGUCAACUUCAUGACCUGCAUGAUGAUUGGCUGUUAGGUAGAAAGCCAAAGCGUUGUCCCGUGCCAGUCCUCGUCAUCGACAGUACCGACUCACUCGACAAGGUGACCUCAACUUAUUAUGGCCGAAGAGACGAGAUCUUCAGUGGAAUCAAGAUUUAG